AUGACCACGACACCACCCCUCGCGACGGGUGCCAACCCUCUGAUUCCCGCCGAACAGCUCGCCGCACUUACAUCGCUGCUGUCGGGUCUCACCGCUGCCGCUUCCGGCACUGCCACACCCGCCACGACGUCCGGCACCACUCGCACUGCCUUUCCAAAGCACGCACGCUUGGAUGGUGCGAAGACCUUCGCGAACUGGACACGCCAACUUCGCCUGUGCCUAGCGGACGACAUCCGCUCGUACGUCCUCGACGGUAUUGUACCCGACGACUGGACACCUUCGCAACGCUCCGCUCGCGACGCCGUCGCUCAUGAGGUCCUUGCGAAUUCGAUUGACUCGGCCGAAGUCUCGGCAGUCCUCGACAAAAUCCCUACCGCCGACCUUGUUGAAUUCCAUACACUCUUGCUUAGGUCGAUCUCCAGCCCGCGCCCAGCCUAG